AUUUUCAAAAUAUUCAAAUAUUAAUUUUAAGAUUAAUCAUUUUGAAGAAUUAGCUAUUGAAGAACAAUUAAAUAUUAUUAUUCAAACAGAUGUAUUUAUUGGUAUGCAUGGUGCUGGUUUAACUCAUGUUCUAUUUAUGAAAUCAAAUCGUAUUCUUAUUGAAUUAACUACAUCGGUGGGGUCAGGAAGAGAACAUUUUGAAUUGAUGGCAUCAAUAAAUAAUGUUAAUUAUCGUCGUUGUUUAAUUAUUGAUGGAUCAUCAACAACAGCAGAAAAGAUAUUUGAUUGUAUAAUAGAGAAAAUUUCUCAAAUAUGUCCUUUAAUGACUGUUUCAAUUCAUUCUCAACCGAUUGUUACAACGUUCUUCCCAGUUGUAGGGAACUUUUCUAAUAGUAAUAUAACAACUUGA